AGAAGAAGAAAAAGUCGCCGCCGUUGAAAUUUCUUGUUGUUCCGCCACCGUCCGUCGCCGACCGCCCUCGCCGUUGUUCCUCGUCGCCGUCUGCCACUUUAGCCAUUAUGUCAUAUCGACGAUCAAAUUUUAUGGAGACGGACGAUAUGUUCCUCCAGUUUGAGGACGAUUUAGAUAAUAACAUCGCGGGAGGGUCAUCAUCUGUGGGCGACAAUACGGGGUCUUAUUCUCAACAAACGACUCCGACUCCUAGGAGACGUGCGCAGUCUCGACUCUUGGAGUUAGAGCGCCACGUUGCAAUAAAUGGGCGCAUUCCGAUGACGAUCGCCCCUGGAGCGGAGAAGCCUAUUUCUCCACACGUCGUUCGCUUCAGCCAGGCGAUAGGCGUGUGCGUGCGAAAGACAUUUCCCGUCCGCUGUCUUAAGUGGACGGACGUUGGGAGAGAAUACAUUGAGGUCGUCAAGGGCGACCUCCAGCGAUUCUUUGUGCUUGAUUUCAAUGAUCAAGCAAUGAACAGGUUUGUUGAGCAUCAGAUGCUCACGACCUUUAAAGAGUUCCGGGCCGACUGUCAUAGACAUUUCAAAAAGUACAGCGACCCGGAGGAGGCUCGUGCCAACCCACCAAACGCAUUGGUUGGACGUGAUGAGGAUUGGCACUUCCUCUGCGACCAUUAUAUCAGCCGUGCAUUCCAGGAGCAAUCACGGACAAACAAGGCUGCUAGACAGAAGCAGCCUUACAAUCAUAGUAGCGGGUCCAAGUCGUUUCUACAACGACAGUAUGAGCUCGCUGAAAGAAGAGGGUAGCCGGUCGAUCAUGUGGAAUUGUUCCGAGAAACACACG